AUGUUUGUGCAAACACUUGUCCUAUUAUUGUCGCUCACAAACUUGAUUUCAGCUUCUGCAUUCACGUUUAUUCUUGGUGCUCAAGAAAAAUCUUGUUUCUACAUCUUCACCGAAAAGCCAAACACUCAAGUACGGUACUAUUUUGCUGUGCAAAGCGGUGGAUCAUUCGAUGUUGACUACACCAUAACUGAUCCAAACGCCAACGUCAUUAGCCAAGAGCAUAAGAAGAGACAGGGUGACUUUAUGUUUACGGCAAGCACCGUUGGUGAAUAUGAGUUUUGCUUUAGUAACACUAUGUCCACUUACCUGGAGAAGGUUGUUGACUUUGAAAUUGAAAUCGAAAAUGAUGGAUCAAAUGCAAUCAAAGCAUCGUUGCCAAACCAGCCUAACUCAAAGCCAUUGGCUCAUGUUGAAAGUAUGGGUCAAACAGUUGACAAGAUUGAAAACCAAUUGGAUCAAUUGACAAAAACUUUACAAUAUUACAAAACCAGAAACAAUAGAAACCAGGCAACAGUAAAGUCUACAGAACUGAGAAUCUACUACUUUUCUAUUUUUGAAGUAUUGUUGAUGGUUGGAAUGGGCUUUUUACAAAUCACAAUUGUUCAAUUAUUCUUCAAAGGUUCAAGAAAGCAAUUGGUUUGA